UUUCGCUUCUCCUCUUCUGCUUUCCUCCUCCUUUUCUCCUCUUCUCACCUCCACUUUUCUUCUACCCUUAUCUUACUCGGUAUAUUUGUUGUGUACGGCUUCUUCCUCUUUUGCUCCCAAAAGAGUCGAAGGUCUCCUCCCCCUAUCUCUUCCCCACAGAUCACAAUGUGUCUGUGCACGCCGCCCUUGCCUCUCGCCGCAGCACAAGGUUUCGCAGCUCGUGCGCCCACGUGGUGGUCUCGUUGGGCGGAGAUGCUAGUUUCAUCGCCUUCACCUUCCGCCGCCUUGCGUCCAUCUCCCGCCUCUCCUCAUACACACCAUCCUCCUCCUCAUCCUCCUCAUCCUCCUCCAUCUGCUCCUCAUUCUUCGCAUUCCCAACCUUCCAUCCCUUUCUCCUCCUCUGCGUAUGAGCCCUCCGGGCCUGUUCCUGCCGCCUCGUCCAGUCAUCGUUUCGAUCUCCAUUCUUCCCGCGCCGCCAUCGAAGAGCUGCGCUCGGCUCUAAAGCGGCACACCGUUGGUCAUUUCCCUUCGGGGCCCUCAGGGGAUCUGCCUCGCGGUCGGAUGUCCGCCGGGCUGACCUCCUCUGGGGGCGGAAGUAGCAUCACGUCUGACGCCGCCAUUCCCGCCUCCCACCAUCACAGUCACCCUCACCCUCACCCUCACCCUACUGCUCCUUCGCAAACGUCAGUUCCAGCCGCCGCCGCCGCCGCCUCUUCCGCCCCUGCCCCCGUCUCCCAAUCAACCGCUACGCCUCCCAUGCCGGCUCCUAGCAGCGUUGGUUCAGGGUCCAAUAAGCGUAAUAGCCCCAAUGGCCCGACCAACGAUGGGACGCGGCCCGGUGCGAUGGGGCAUGCAGACCUGGAGGGCUCUCAGAGUAAACGGUUGCGCCCGGAGAAGCCCUCUGUGAAGCUGCUCCCGGCCCAGUACGAGCUGGCCGAUGCUCGAGAUAUAGUGGUGUUGAUCUCCAGCAUGCUGAUGGAACUGAUCCGAUUCAACGAUAAGAUCCCCCUUCAUCAAGGUCGGCUGACCCGCUUUCACUCUCGCACACCACCCCGCAUCUCCGUUCAUGACUACCUGCAACGACUCACGACCCACGCCACGCUCUCGCCCCCGAUCCUGCUCAGCAUGGUAUACUAUAUCGAUCGGCUCUGUGCCAUGUAUCCCGCCUUCACGGUUUCCAGUCUGACAAUCCAUCGAUUCUUGAUUACCAGCGCUACAGUGGCUAGCAAGGGGUUGAGCGACAGUUUCUGGACCAACAAGACUUACGCACGAGUGGGAGGUAUCAGCAUGACCGAGUUGGCAUUGCUAGAGUUGGAAUUUCUCUUCCGCGUCGAAUGGCGCAUUGUUCCCGAGCCGGAAGUGCUCGUGGACUAUUACCAGAGCCUGAUAGAGCGCUGCGAUGGGUAUGCAAUUCAACGAGAUAGUUGA